UAUGGCAGUGAGGUGGUGUUCCCUUAGGUUUGUUUUGGUAUUGUUUUCAUGCUAUUCCAGUGCCCAGCAAAACUGGAGGUUUCCUCCGUACUAUGACCACCAACCCCAAGAUACAGCCUCUAAUUCUCAGUGGCCACAGACUCCCCAGAGACCAGAGGCCGAAAGGCCACAGAAGCAAGCUCCCCAAAGACCAGAGUCCCAGUGGCUGCUGCCACCAACUCCCCAGAGACUUGCCCCCCAGUGGCCACUGGAGCAGAUUCCUCCUAAACCAGAGACCAAGUGGCCCCAGCUACCGCCCCCAAAGUGGCCAGAGCACCAAAGGCCACAGCAGCAAACUCCCCCGAGUCCAGAGCAACAGUGGCCCUUGCAACCGAUUCCCCAGUGGCCUGAGCACCAACGACCACAGCAGCAAAUUAACCAGAGGCCACAGCCACAGACACCUCAGAAACAAGAUCCACAGUGGCCACAUCAACAAACUCCCCAGAGACCAGAAACCUACUGGCCACUGCAACCAACUCUCCAGAGACCUGCGCCUGAUCCUGAAAAGCCAGAAUCCCAGUGGACACUUCAACAGACUCCUCAGAGACCUGCGCCCCAGUGGCCACUGCAACCGACUCCUCAGAGACCUGUGCUCCAGUGGCCACUGGAGCAAAUUCCCCUUAAAUCAGAGCCCAAACUGCCCCCUCAACCAACUCCAAAGUGGCCAGGGCACCAAAGAACACAGCAGCAAACUCCCCAGAGACUAGAGCCCCAGUGGCCUCUGCAACAAACUCCCCAGAGGCCCGAGACCCAGUGGCCCCUGCAACUUGCUCCCCAGUGGCCAGAGCACCAAAGACCCCAGCAGCAAAUUCCCUUGAGGCCACAGCUGCCGAUUCCCCAGAAACAAGAUCCCCAGUGGCCACAUGAACAAAUUCCCCAGAGACCAAAGCCCUAUUGGACACAGCCCGAGACACACCAGAGGCCAGAGCCCCAAAGGCCAGAGCAAAAACCUUCCAAGAGACCAGAUUCCCAGUGGCCACAUCGGAAAAUUCCCCCGACGUCACAGCCACUGACCUAUCAGAGAGUAGAACCCAAUUGGCCUCAGCCACAGUUUCCCCAGGGGCCAGGUCAGAAAAUUCCACAGAGACUAGUACCCCAGUGGCCACAUCAGCAGAAUACCCAGAGACCAGCAGUACCUAAAACUCCAGAUCAGAGAUGCCAAGUGCAGGCUCAGAAUAUUGUGAAAUGUGGAACUCCAAAAAUUACUCAGGUUCAAUGUCAGGCUAUUGACUGUUGCUACAAUGGACAGCAGUGCUAUUAUGGGAAAGCAGUGACUGUGCAGUGUACCAAGGAUGCUCAGUUUGUCGUGGUGGUGUCCAGGGAAGCCACUUGGCCCAAAAUAAACAUUGAUUCCAUCAGUCUUUUGGGGGGAAAUGACAGCCCUUGUAUUCCUGUUGGCAUCACUUCAGCCUUCGCCAUAUACCAGUUCCCUGUUACUGCCUGUGGUACCACACUGAAGGAGGAAAGUGGUUAUGUGGUUUAUGAGAACAGGAUGGCGUCUUCCUACGAAGUUUUGAUGGGACCUCGAGGAUAUAUCACAAGGGACAGCCAUUUCGAACUGCUGUUCCAGUGUAAGUACUCCGCCAAUGCAGUGGAGGCUCUUGUUCUUGAGAUAAACUCUGUUCCUGCUCCGGUUUCGGUAGCAGCUCUGGGACCCCUCAGGGUGGAACUCAGACUGGCCAAAGGGGCAUGUGACACCAAAGGAUGUAAGAAUGAGUCCAGAUCCUUUGCAUCAUAUUACACUCAGGAAGAGUUCCCUGUCGUUAAAGUCCUGAAGCAGCCUGUAUAUGUUGAGGUUCGUAUCCUAGAGAGGAAGGAUCCCAACCUCGUCCUGAUGCUGGAUUACUGCUGGGCCACUUCUUCCCCCAGCCCUGUCAGCAUGCCCCAAUGGGAACUCCUCAUUGAAGAAUGUCCAUACCUAAAUGAUAGAUACCUGACCACCAUGAUCCCUGUGGAACUCUAUUCUGGUCUUCUGUACCCCACCCACCACAAACGCUUCAUAGUUGAGAUGUUUACCUUUGUGGAUCACACUAUGGCACCCCAGAAAGAUUUGAUUUUCCUCCACUGUGGCACCUCUGUGUGCCACCCUACACCAGGGAAGCCCUGUCAACAGAAAUGCAACAGGCAAAGGAGUAAUAUUGCAGUUGCCCGAGACAGGACCAGACAGACUACUGUGGUUUCCAGUGGAGAAGUGGUCCUUGUUAACAAAAAGCCGACAUAGCUUUCGGAUCACAGAUACAAACACCAACAGUUUGUAACUGGUGUGAAAUAAUGUACAGUACUCCCAUACCAGUCAAAGAGGUGGUGGUGAGAAGCACAGACAGUAACGUUUUAGAGUAGACUGGCGUACAAAGUAACACUGGCUUAGAAACAAUUGAAAUGAUAAACCACUUACAAAGACCUGUUUAGAGUAAAGACAUGCCUAGGACAUUUUGUGUUAUCCAUUUUUUUGGGUUCUACUGACCAAUCUUUUAUUCCAGGCCAAAUGUUAAAUAUUCUUGUUGCCUCUUUUUAGUAUUGACCUAUGAACCGUAUUCUCCAUGCAUCUAGUUACAUAUUCUUUUUA